AUGUCUUUUGAAGUGAAGGAGAAGACGGAGGUGCGUCUGGUGUUUUUGGGAGCAGCAGGAGUGGGGAAGACAGCCCUCAUCCAACGCUUCCUCAAAGACACUUUUGAGCCCAAGCAUCGGCGGACAGUGGAGGAGCUCCACAGGAAAGAGUACGAGGUGGCGGGUGUCAAAGUCACCAUCAGCAUCAUGGACACCAGCGGCAGCUACUCCUUUCCUGCCAUGCGGAAGCUCUCCAUCCAGAGCAGCGAUGCCUUUGCCCUGGUCUACGCCGUGGAUGACCCAGUAUCCCUGGAGGCAGUCAAGAGUCUGCGAGAGGAGAUCCUGGAGGUCAAAGAGGACAGGUACACGCCUAUCGUGGUGAUAGGCAACAAGAUAGACCGUCAAGACGAGCGCCAGGUGUCCAGCAAGGACGUGCUGUCCAUGAUGGAGCUGGACUGGAACCACAGCUUCGUGGAGUCCUCUGCCAAAGACAACAUCAACGUGCUGGAGGCUUUCAGAGAGCUGCUCCAGCAGGCCAACCUGCCCAGUCGGCUGAGUCCAGCGCUGUGCCGGAGACGGGAAACCUUCCCCAAGGAGAGCAACAAGCGACCUCCUCUGAACAAGACCAAGAGCUGCCUCGUCUCAUAA